CAGAUCUAAGUCAAAGCACUGCACAUCUGCGCUCGAAAAUAUUCUCUCCCGUGUAUAUAACAGUCGGCGGAAAAGUCGAAGCGUCCAGUAUUAUACACACAGAGCGGCUCGUUUCCAGGCAACGCAGCUGAGCCGCGUGUGUAAGUAUAAGCGAAUCGAGCGAAGUGUAUAUGUGAGCUCAGUCGCGGCCCGACCAGCGCGCAGCUAGCACCACGCAGCGAGUGAAUUCCUCCCACAGGUUCACUCCUCGUGAGGGCGACGAUCAGCUGAGUUCACAGUUCAUUUUGGUUUUUUUUCUUCGAGUGCGCGAGUUUUUCCACCGGCGAUAAUUCGCAGGCUGAACCGAGAGAGAGAGAGAGAGACGAUGGCCUCUGGACAAGCGUGCCUCGCUCUAACAAUAAGCUGACGAGGGUGUGUCGAACGACUGCGAUUAAUUAGCUCCGUCGAAGCGGCUGUGAGAGAAUUUACACCUUCGGGAAGAAGUUGGCUGGACUUGCUUCUUCUUCUUCUUCGAGAUGGAUCCCUAUUGCCUGAGUGUUGAGAAGGAGGCGUCGAAAAAUAUCGAAGAGAACGAACGUGAGUGCUUCAAAGAUGCUAUCGUCUCGAGUCGUAGCCUCAACAAAGGCUACGCCGAACCCUGUCGCCUUAAAACAGCUGUGCCUGAAAUCGCCGCUUGCAUCAUCGCGGCGACGUUCCACAUCGCCGUGGGCCUCAGCAUGGCUUAUUCGGCAAUUCUGAUUCCAAACCUGGAGAAGGACGACGCCGAGGUUCACGCGACGAAGGAUGAAACGUCCUGGAUCGCCAGCAUAGUGGUGAUAACAGCCCCCGUCGGCGCGAUGAUAGGCGGCUUCUUCAUGGAGGCAUUCGGCAGGCUCCGCUGCCUCCAAUUCGGCGCCCUUCCUUGUGUCAUCGGCUGGAUCCUCAUAGCUGUCGCCCAGAACGUGCCCAUGAUCCUCGUCGGACGUCUGCUGGCCGGAUUAUCGGUAGCUUUAGCCACGUCCCCAGCCAUCGUCUACAUCACCGAAGUGGCUCGACCGGAGCUUCGAGGCUCCCUUAUCUCCUUCGGUCCGACUCUCGCCUCGUUCGGUAUGGUCCUGUCGUAUCUGAAAGGUGCACUGCUGCCCUGGCGUAUGGUCGCUUGGCUGAGCAUCGCCUACGGACUCGUGCCGGUACUGCUGGUCCAGUUUAUCAUUCCUGAGUCGCCCGUCUGGCUCGUCUCCAAGGGACGAUACGAGGAGGCACGAGCCGCUUUGCAGUGGCUGUACAAAUCCGAAGCAGACGUAGGCAAAGUGUCAGCCGCAGAGGCGGCCUUCACGACGAUAAUGAAGGAGAACGAGAUCAAGCUCAGCGAGCAGCGUCGAAGCAAGCACGGCGGCGCCGUCCAGAAGCUUCGAGCUUUGCUUCGGCCGACCGGCUGGAAGCCGAUGCUGAUCCUCUUCCUGUUCUUCCUCUUCCAACAGUUCUCCGGCAUCUACAUCACCCUCUUCUACGCUGUCACCUGGUUCGAGGAAGUCGGCGCUGGUUUCGAUCCCUACAUCGCCUCGAUCCUCGUCGGGCUCACUCGGUUCUUCUGCUCUAUGGUCAAUACUUGGCUGUUGAGGAGGUUUCGAAGGAGGAUACUGUGCAUCGUGUCGUCCCUCGGAAUGGCUGUGUGCAUGACGGUGUCCGGAUACUUUACGAUGAGGAUCACUGCUGGUGACAAGACUGGCAAUUGGGUGCCAGUCGCCUGUCUGUUGCUGUACGUGUGCACGUCGAUGGUGGGAAUGCUGACGAUCCCGUGGACGAUGACGGCCGAGCUCUUCCCGACGGAAAUCCGAGGCAUGGCUCACUCCAUCAGCUACUCCAUCGCCAAUAUACUCAUGUUUGCAGCCGUCCAGAGCUAUAGAAAUUUAACGCAGUUUCUAGGAGGUUCGCACGCGAUCCAGUGGUUCUUCGCUGGUGUCUCGGUCGGCGCUUCUUUGUUCGUCUGGCUGCUGCUGCCGGAAACUCACGGCAAGAAGCUGUCCGAGAUCGAAGAAUAUUUCCACAACAACUUCCUGGCAUGUGGUGCUGAGGCCAAGGCCAAAAGACGCCGAGCCAAACGUCGUGCCGAGCAGAAGGCUCAAGCUGCGGCUCUCCAGCCGCUCAAUUCGCCCAAGACCGCUCAGACCGCUUGAACUCUUAUACGUCGAUCAUCUAACUCGUAUUUUCUCUCUUGUUUCUGUUAUUCCUGAGCUAUACGAGCGCGGCACACGUGUAGGCUCUUUAUAAAUAGUCGUUUUGCAAUUUUAGAUGAGCUUGCCAACGUAAGAUAUGUUAUACACUGAGGGCUAUUUUUUUUGAGAUGAUUUCGCGGUUUGGAUUGAACGAAAUAAUUGUACAUAGUACUUUGAGGAAAAGUGGAAUUAACGAGUUACGGGAGAAAGAAUGUUUACAUGGUUGUAUGUAUAAAACGAUAUUUCCUGUUGCUAUAGAAAUCGCAUUUAAAAUUGCAAAACGAUUGCGUGUAUGAAAAGAGUACACACGUGGAAGAAAGUUUGUAGAUAUCAUAUUUUAUCAUAACUUAUGAUAUAGAUUUGUGAUUGUUGAUCUGGAGUCGUUUUCUUUAUGUGCCAUACGAAAUUAUAAAAGAAUGGCGAUAUGCGUGCGAAACAAUAUUAAGUAAACGAUCUACAAAAAAAACUAAUUAUACGUCCUUGUCAAUUUGUAGGCUUUUCGAAGUCAUUGUCAAAAAUCAAAAUUUUUUGUACAUAUUAUAUUCUGGUGUACUUACAAAAAAAAUAAAGUUCAAAGUACACUGAACGACAAUCUAUUUUAUACCAUAUUUUGUCGAAGUAAACAAUAUUUUAACUAAAUAAUAUUUGUUGUUGCAAGAAAGUUCUAUCAAUAUACAUAUUUUGCAAGUGUUCUAAUCUAUAUCAUCAGUUAAUAGAUAAUAUGAUAGAGUAAUAGUAUUUUUUAUCGAUAUCUUCAACGUUUUUUUUACUCGCCUUUUUCACGGUCUCAAAUGCGCGAUUCGUAAAAAAUCCCGAUGAGAUUCGUCGAGUCAUUCAUUGUCGAGAUAUUACUUCAUAAUAUAUUAUAUACGUUAUUAGCCAAUUUUAUUAUGAGUUACGCGUUUCAUUUUAUAACUUUACGUAUAUGGGAACGAUGUUAUGUUGAACGCAGAGAAGGAGCCUGUGAGCGAAAUGACGAGUCGUCUUGUACUUAGGCGUAUAGGGUACUUGUUUUUAUGAAAAAAAAGAACUGUGAUGAUGCAAAAACUCGAGGACUGUUGUUAUCGUGCGAUGUGAUUUGAUUGUUCCUGGUGAUAUUUGAGCGUAAUUUCGUUACGUUUGAAACCGAGUUACGAUAUUUUUUUUAAUAGAGAACCAACAUUUUUGUACGUUUACCUGAAUGGUGCGAUGAUACAAAGCGUAUUUUUUAUAAUUCAUUUAAACGCUUAUACGCAUACUACUUAUCGUAUUUUACGAUCAUAAUUUUUUAAUACUGAUGUGUAUUUAAUGUGUAAAAUUAAUUUUUAAGACAUAUUAAGACGAUGAAAUAUAAAAUAAUCAUGUAUAAAAUGUCUAGGCAUUCAUAGCAGUAAAUUGCUGUUCGUUCCAAGUGCUAUAUUUUAGAAAAUUACACAACAAGGCUCCUUAUUUCAAAUAGUGGUAUUAGUAGGCUACAUCUUCAACGUUUAGAAUAGCAAACUGUAUGUCUAUUGGCACAUGAUAAGCAUUGAUACGAAUCUCGACAACAGUGCAACCUUUUAAUGUUAUUAUGAUUAUGUAAGACAUGUUGAUAUAACGUACAAUAUAGUUAUAUAUGAAAAUAAAAUUAAAAAUUCCAAAAUUCUUUCGUUGAUAUAUCGUAGA